GAUCACUAUAAUUAAUCAAUGCAAACAUUUAUAUAGUUUACUGCAGAUUUUUUGUGAAACUGGUUUAAAUAAUUAUUCGUCAUAAAAAACGUUAGCAGUGUAAAAUUAAUGUGCUGAAAGAUAUACAAAUACAAUAAAAUGAUUUCAUUAAAGUUAUCAAUUAUUUUGACGAUUUUGGGAUUAACGAGUAUCGUUCAUACGGAAGAAAUUGCACCCAGAGUUAAAACAUCUUCAGGAGGCAUCCAAGGUUAUUAUAAAAUAUCUGCAAAUGGUAGAUCUUAUGAAGCUUAUGAAGGAAUUCCUUAUGCUAUACCUCCUGUAGGAAAAUUAAGAUUUAAGCCUCCACAAAAAAUCCCAGCAUGGCCUGGUGAACUUUUAGCAACUAAAUUUGGCUCUCCAUGCUUACAAUAUGAGCAGAUAAUUAAUGAAUCUGAAGAUAGAGUUCAAGGUUCAGAAGAUUGUCUUUAUUUAAAUAUUUAUGUUCCUACACGUGAACAUAAAAAUUCUAAAUUACCACUAUUACCUGUAAUUUUCUGGAUUCAUGGUGGGGCCUUCCAAUUUGGUAGUGCAUUGGAUAUGGGUGCUAAAUUUUUAAUGGAUCGAGAUAUUGUAUUUGUCACAAUAAAUUAUCGUUUAGGCCUGUUAGGUUUUCUAAGCACAGAAGAUGAUGUUGUACCAGGUAAUAUGGGACUCAAGGAUCAAAACAUGGCACUGAAAUGGGUUUUUAAAAACAUUGAGUGGUUUGGAGGUGAUUUUAAUAAAAUAACAUUAGCUGGUCUAAGUGCUGGUGGUGCCAGUGUACAUUAUCAUUAUUUAUCCCGUUUAAGUUUUGGUCUUUUUCAAGGAGGCAUAUCUAUUAGUGGUACAGCAUUUGAUUGUUGGGCACAAACUGAAAAUUCUUUAGAAAAAGCCAAGAAAUUAGCUGCUAUAAUGGGUUGUCCUACUAGUAAUACUCGGGAUAUGGUACAUUGUUUAAGAUAUCGACCAGGUCGAACUCUGGUCCAUGCAACUAGAGAAUUCCAACCAUGGCUCUAUAAUCCUUUUACACCAUUUGGACCUGUCGUUGAGAAACAUGGAGAUGCUCCUUUCAUUGAUCAAUCACCAAUAGAUAUUAUUCAAAGUGGUAAUGUUCAAGAUAUUCCAUGGAUUACAAGCACUACCAGUGAAGAAGGACUUUAUCCUGUAGCUCAGUUUAUUGCUGACGAUAGAUAUCUUAAGGAACUUGAUGAGAAUUGGAAUACUAUUGCACCUUAUUUCCUUGAUUUCAAUUAUACCAUACCAAAGGAGAAACAAGUCGAAACAGCUAAACUUAUUAGAAAGCAUUACUUUGGUUCUAAACAGAUUAAUAAAACGACUGUUGAAUUUUUAAUACAAAUGGCUGGAGAUCGAUUUUUCACAGUCGAUGGCAUGAAAGCUGCAAGAAUACAAGCAAAAGUAAAUCAACAAUCUGUUUGGUACUAUUAUUAUACAUACAGAGGUGCACAUAGUUUAAGUGAAUGCUUUACUAAAAGCAAUGAAAACUUUGGAGUUAGUCAUGCUGAUGAUGCAUUCCUUAUUUUGGAUACUCCUUACUUUAAUCCAACAACAACAAAUGAUGAUAUUGAUAUGCAACAAGAAUUAAUUGAUCUUUGGAUUUCUUUUGCCACAAAUAAUAUUCCUCAAAUUGGUACGACUAAGUGGAUUAAAGUGGAUCCAUCUCAAGAAGAAUUUCUUUUCCUUCACAUUGCAGGACCAGGAAAGUAUCAUAUGAAUAAUAAUACUAAUUUCAAAAAUAAGGAUUUCUGGAGUAAUAUCAAUUUUAAUGAAAAUAUAUUGAAACGUAAAAAACAUGUAACGGAAGAUCUUUAAGAGAUUUUAUAAUUUCUUUACAUAUUUAUAUAAUGCAAGAAUUAACAUAUCUUCUAUUGGAAGAGAAGUUCUUCCUCUGUCUAUGAUUAUUUCUCUCCAUUUAUGUAAUAUUUUAGAAAGUUCAUAUAUAUCUACUUUUGUUAAUGUAGUUUUAAUA